ACAAGCAUAGACUUAUACAUUUGUACUGUGACAAAACAAAUUAUGUAAUCAAAAUAAAAGAAGUGUCCAGUUGGAACAGAGCAUCUCCCCGAGAUGUUCACUUCUCUGACAAUAGAGGUGGGUCACGGUUCAGAAGACUUGAAAAACACUGUAAUGGACACUCUAGUUGUCUAUCGAUAAAUGCUAGGCCAGAGCAUGGAGACACUGAAAAAAUUUUCUAUGAGUGUAUUAUACCAAUGAUCAAGCCCACAACUGAUGUAACGACACAUUCUCCAAAAAUAGUAAUUAUUAUAACAGUAAUUGUAAUAGUAUUUGUACUGCUUGCCAUUGGAGGUGCUGCUAUCAUCAUCAUUUGGUGGAGAAGAAAGUCCCCUGUGAUGACCAGUAUCAGAUAUACUCAGGGAAAUAUCAAUGGAUCUCCCCUUAUGGGCAAUGUGCACUGACUAAAGUACAAAAUAUAAAAUAAAAAGAGGUGAAAAUGAUCUGGAGGUUGACAUUAAAAUACAGUUCGACUUUUCAUGUUGAAAUAUUUGUUUGUCUAUGGUAAAUAAAACUAAAUAGAAUUCACCGUUAUAGUAUACUAGUAUCCAGUGUAUAAUGCUUCGAGCCAUGAAAGCGAUUUUGAAUUUCAUAUGGAAAGUGAAAAGUAUUUACGUGGUAGUUGUACAGAAAUUGUGGACA